UGAAAUUUUAUAAAUCUGCAAAUGUUCUUUAUUCUCUCAUAAUGAGUUCAAAUUUAAUACGCCGCGUGAAUAAAUGGAAGAUAUUUUGAUAAAUUAUCUCAAAAUUCGGAAAGAAUAAAAUUAAUUAGAGAAACAAAAGUUAGUUAGUUUAUUAUCUAGCAAUUACAUCCAUCUGAACAAAUAUAUAUAGGUCGGAUCAAUACAAAUACUAAAUAACUACAAAGUUAUGAUAACAUAUAAAUAGGUAGUGGAGACACAUAUAUUUAAUACGCCGAAGUGACAAAUUUUAAUGGAGGAACAUAAAUUAGAGGAAUUGCGCAGCAAAAAUUUUGAUCAAAUUAAAUCUAUAUUGACCGAUUUUAACACAAAAAAUGAUGAUCUUUUCAACUUUUCGGCUUUCCACAUUGAUGGGCGCUGGCAUGCUAUGUGGCGUGCUCUCUUUGAUAUCCUUAAAGAUGAUAGCUUACAGGACUUGCAUGAUCUAACUUUAAAUAGUGUCCGAAUUCUCACCAGAGACAAAUGUAGUUUACAAACAGAGGACUUAGAAGAAGAUGUUUCUUGUCUUCUUAAACUGGCUCACUUGGAACAUCCCGAAGCAGUGGAUGUUUCUGAUACUACCGAGCCAACUGACAUUGACUCGGACGGAUUAACAGUUCAAAGUGUUAAUGUACACUGGAGCGACAACACAACCAGAGUUGUAGUGGAGUCUCUAAAGUGUCUGUGUAAUUUAGUAUACCAAUGUGCAGAUCGUCGUCGACAAUGCGUAAAAUCCAACAUUACAGAUGCUAUUUUAAAGCGGGUUGCAUCCUCUGUACAACAUCCUCCUUCAGUUGAAUUUUUCGAUAUGAAGUUGUUAUUUCUAAUAACAGCAAUGGAGCCAGCUACACGCACACGUGUACAAAUUGAUUUGAAUGGAGUCGCAUAUAUGACUGAAUGGCUUGACGAAAAACUUGCUGAAAAAGAUAUUGGUGAUGAGCAUAUGGAUUUAUUGUGUGAGAUGCUAAAAGUAAUGUUUAAUAUCACUACAAAUUCCGAUAGAAGCCCAAAUGAAAAUGAAAUUCAAAGUCGACAUUUGACUGGUGUACUCCGAAAAUUGCUUUUAAAUUUCGGGGAUCUAAGGAAUGAGCGAGAGCGUAACAUCAUUAUGCACGCCAUCAAUCUUUUGACAAAUAUCUCCGGUAGUUGCUUAACAGAGUUAUUGAUAAAGAGUGAAUCAAGUGGGCCGUCUACAUCUCCUAUAGUAAUUUUUGAAGGCUACAAUGUUCGUACAUUAGAAAUAAUUACUAGAUACUUAAAAGUCGUAUUAGAUGAACAGGGAAAUGCUGCAACAUCUAAUGAACUAAUCUCACCUGUUCUAACAUUGCUGGUUAAAUGUGCACGAAGUGAUAGAAUUUUGCGACACUAUAUUAGAAGUGUAGUGUUACCCCCAUUACGGAAUGUUUAUAAACGACCUGAGGUAGGAAAUGAACUACGAAAUCAUUUAUGUCGGUUUCUAACUUUACCCGAAAUGUUGUUGCGUGACUUGGCUACAGAAUUACUCUUUGUGUGCUGUAAAGAAAAUGUUUCACGUAUGGUAAAGCAUACUGGUUAUGGUAACGCUGCUGGCUUAUUUGCAAAGCGUGGUCUUCUGGGUGGACGGCAUGUCGAAAACACUGAUUAUUCUUCAGAUAGCGAGGACAGCGAUACAGAGGAAUAUAAACAGGCACAACAUAACAUCAAUCCAGUCAUUGGUUGUUAUGAGGCCCCGAAAAAGAGUCCUUUCGAAGGUAUGUCUGAGGAGCAGAAACAAUAUGAGGCCAUGCAGCUUGUAAAUCUGAUCGAUAAAUUACACAAAACGGGGGUGGUUCAACCAUGUCGUAUUGGUGAGGACGGCAAGCCACAGCCUGUAGAUCAUAUUUUACAAUUGCAAGAGGAAUUACCUCAACAACAAGCGGAUCAAAAACGUAAAACAUAAAUUGCGCCUUCUCGUUUAGCAAAAUGUUAGUCAAAAACAAAAGAUACUAAGCCAAU